GGGGAAGGGAGAGACAGUUGUCAGUCAGCACUGAUGGUGGAUUGUACUGCAACACGCUUGGAUGCAUAAUAGUACUAAUAAAAGAUAAAGUACUGAGGACCGACACCAACAAAGCAGCGAUGCGAUUGGUCAGCGUGUCGGGGGCGCGGCCCCGCAGGGCGGCGGAGGAGGAGAACAAGGAGCCCGCGCCGCCCCCGCCUCCCUCCCACCACUCCAACCACCAGUUUGAAAGCAUGAAGAAUAAGUUCUUCAACGAAUUCACACACUUGCCCAACCAUAAACUCCAGUUGCCCAUGUGGGCAGUGGGUGCCAUUGUGGUGGUGGUCCUGGUGCUGGUGGUCUGCAUGUGCUUCUGCCUCUACAAGAAGUGCUUCAACAAGGGCAAGAAGCCCAAGAAGGCCCGAGAGAGGAAGGGCGGGCGAGGACGCAAGAAGAAAGACGCCGAAGGAGAGGGAGGAGAGGAGAAGAAGGAAGGAGAAGAAGGUAAACAAGAGGAGGAGAAAGAGAACUUUGGCAAACUGGAAUAUACGCUGGACUACAACUUCACAGACAACCAGCUGAUAGUAGGCAUCCUGCAGGCUCAGGACCUGGCCGCCAUGGACAUGGGCGGGACCUCAGACCCUUACGUGAAAGUCUACAUGCUGCCUGACAAGAAGAAAAAGUUUGAGACCAAAGUCCAGCGCAAGAACCUGUGCCCUGUUUUCAACGAGACCUUCACCUUCAAGAUCCCCUACACGGAGUUGGGCGGUCAGACUUUGGUGCUGCAGGUUUUCGACUUUGACCGCUUCGGCAAACACGACGUCAUCGGCGAGAUCAAGAUUCCCAUGAACUCGGUGGACCUCGGCCAGCCCAUCCACGAAUGGAAGGACCUGAUUGGAGGCGAGAAGGAAGAGGCAGAGAAACUUGGAGACAUUUGCAUUUCUCUUCGCUACGUUCCUACGGCCGGCAAGCUCACUGUGAACAUCAUGGAGGCCAAGAAUUUGAAGAAGAUGGACGUUGGAGGACUGUCAGACCCUUUCGUCAAAGUGGUGCUGCAGCACAACGGCAAGCGUCUGAAGAAGAAGAAGACGUCAGUGAAACAAAACACUUUGAAUCCAUAUUUCAACGAGAGUUUCAGCUUCGAGAUCCCCUUCUCCCAGAUCCAGAAAGUGCAGGUGGUGAUCACCGUGUACGACUACGACAAACUGGGAAGCAACGACCCCAUCGGGAAGUGCUGGAUCGGCUACGGCGCCUCGGGCGUGGGACUGCGCCACUGGUCCGACAUGUUGGCCAACCCCAGGCGUCCGGUGGCCCAGUGGCACACCUUGCAGUCCGAGGAGGAGGUCGAUGCUGCUCUGAAGGCACCCAUUCGCUAACACACUCAGUCGGUAUUAUAAAUGUCCGGAUUGUCUCACAUCGUUUAGUAUUUUGGAAAAUAUUUGAAGAACGUUCCGUCUUUAGACGUUUUCACUCUCCUGUAUUGCAGUGGUUCUCAACUGCCACCACCAUAAUGACCAAAAUUAAAAUACAGUAGCGUCGUAGGCCUAAGUAGUCAUUAAAAACAAGUCACAGCCAUAAGGACCAACAUUAAAAUACAGUGGCGUAGUAGGCCUAAGUAGUCAUUAAAAACAAGUCACAGGUGUUAUUUGACAAGUAUAUUGAAUAUUUUUGGCCACUGUAACACAAAGCACAUCAUCAACAAUGAUAUACAUAUUUAAAUUAGAAUGAUAAAUAAAUAACAUAAACAGCAUUUCACAAAAUCAGUGCCAUUUGCUCGUUGUAACUCUAAAAAAUAACUUCGAUUUCUACCUUUUUUGGUUCUGAAAAUCUGAUAAUAUAUACAUUUUUUAACUACUCUGGCAACUUUACGGUGAAGAUGAUUUGUUUGAGUAACAGUGUCAGGUUCAAACACUGGCAAAGAAUUAAACAGAGACAGAAUUCAAUUUGGACUCAUUAUAUUGAGGAGAGUCGCCCGGACAUUGUAUCCUUCUACAAUCUGGACCCUCCCGACCACAUGGCCACCGCUGUUUCCCAAGGACAAAGGUCGCAAAAAGUUCACAGAAAAGGUCGUAAACAAUUCACAGGAAAGGUUAGUUCAAAAAGAGUUAGUAAAAUAGUUCAAAAAGAGUUCCAUAAAAUAGUUCAAAGAGAGUUUGUAAAAUACUUCAAAAAGAGUUUGUCUGGAAAUUGGGCAGAUCCUGUCAUCUCUCCGCUCUGAAGUCCUUGGGCCAGAACAACAUCCUUCUGUUGAUUACCAUACAUGAAAGAACACAGGAACACCAUUCUUCUUGUCAGGAACACAAUGUAAUACAAAGUUUUUGUGAUAAUUUACAAACAAUUAUUCUAACAAACAGGAGUGAGUUUUUAAGCAAAUACAUGAUAUGUUUAAUAUACAAAGCACACUUAGAAGAUUAGAGUGGUUCAACAAAAACGCGAAAAAGUGAUAGAGUGCAUUCGGAACGUAUUUACACUUUUUACACAUUUUAUGUUACAGCCUUAUUGCAAAAUGGAAUAAAUUAUUUUUUUGUCCUCAAUAUUCUCCACACAAUAACCUAUAAUGACAAUGUAAAAGGUUAUGUUUGGAAAUUUUUCACAAAUAUAUUACAAAUAAAAAACAAAAGCUGUGAAUACUUUCCGGAUGCACUGUUGGUACAAGGGCUGUGCUGCAAUUUUAUCAUUGAAUAUACAAAAGAAAUACAUUUGAUGACGCAACUUCCUGUGGACCAUGUGACUUGUGGAACAUUUCUAUUUUUCAGGAGGAGGUAAUGUGUUAAUGUCUUGUAUUUAAAAAAAACAACCUAUAUUUCAUUAUGAGUAAUUCAACACCAUGCGACAAUAAUUUAUUAAAAAAUGUAUAGAAUGCACUUCUUAAAAAAGUGUGUCCGAACAUAUUUCAGAUAUAACGAUAAAUAAAUAACAUAAGCAGCGUUCCACAAAAUGAGUGCCAUUUGCUAGUUAAAACCUUACAUUUCUAUCUUGUUUUGACCGUAAAUCUGAUAAUAUAUACAUUUUUGAACUACUUUGUUUGAGUAACAGGACUGUGAGUUUUUAAGUAUACUUAGAAUUUUAGAGUGGCUCAACAAAAACAAUAGAAAAUAAUAUACAGUGCAUCCGGAAAGUAUUUACACUUUUUGCACAUUUUGUUAUGUUCCAGCCUUAUUCCAAAAUAGAAUAAAUAUUUUCCCCCCUCAAAAUUCUACACACAAUACCCCAUAAUGACAAGCUGAAUUUUUUUUUUUUUUUUUUUUUUUUUGCAAAUUUAUUGAAAAAUAAAAACGUAAAAUCACAUGUAUGCAAUUGUUCACAACCUUUGCUCAAUACUUUGUUGAUGCACCUUUGAUGCAACUACAACCCUUAAAGGGACAAGCGGUAGACAACCCUUAAGUAUUUUUGAAGAUGAUGCCACAAGCUUGGCAAGUCUAUUAUUUUCAAUACACUUGUAAAUAAAAAAACAUUGACAGUAUGGGGAAUUGUGUGAAGAAUUUUGAGGAUAAACAUUCAUUUAUUCCAUUUUGGAAUAAGACUGUAACAAAACAAAGUGGAAAAUGUUCCUAGUGGUCCAAACUUUUUCCACCAAGAGCCGCAUACCAAAAAGUCAAAGUAUGCUCCAUAAUGACAAUGUGAAAAGUUUUUUUUUUUUUUAAAGAUUUGUGCAAAUUUAUUACAAAUAAAAAACUAACACUGUGAAUACUUUCCAGAUGCACAGCACUUUUAUCAUUGAAUAUGCAAAAUAAAUACAUUUGAUGAUGCAACUUCCUGUGGACCAUGUGACUUGUGGAACAUUAUUAAGAGGAGGUAAUGUAUUAAUGUCUUGUAUUAAAAAAAACUAUAUUUCA